UAUUAAACACAUUAAACUAGUUACGCCACAUACAGCACCUGCCCAGCAUCAUAGCAACCCUAUAGACACUACGGCUCCCAUAUAGACACUACGGCUCCAAUAGACUUGUUCAGGGUAUAUGUCAUGAGUAUUCUAUUUAUGAUGCAGAAAUGACCAGACUAGUCCAUAUUAUUUAUAUCUAGAGGCAUUUUGUGUUUGAUGUUUUGGUUGUUUUUGGUGUCUUUUCAUGUUUUUGUCAGAAUUGUUUUUGAGGUCUCAGUCCAUGUUUAUAGCUGUGAGCCUGUCAAGCUUGAACAUUUGAAUGGCAGCGAGUGUAUAAAUGACCUUGUUUUCUGCCUCCGGUGUCACUCAGGCUAUGAAUUUCCGACCAUCGGCACAGUAAGGCUGAUUGUCAUGAAACCGAGGGAAAACAGGGUGUCUUUGAACUCUUUUAUUUUCGAAGGAAGUACAAUUUGUCCAAUUAGUAGAAAGAAAAGUAUUUGUUCGGAAGUUAAUUGUUUUAGCACUCAUUGUAGAGAUAAAGCACCAAUCUGCUCCUUUCUCAGCGAACAGCUCUUCCCGGUCUGCGUGUCUGAUGAUUGUCCCUUACAAUCCCUCCUGCCUGCAGUAACCUUAUCACUACCCACACUGCUUUAAAGUGAAACUGACUGAUUUGGUUUAAGAAACCAGCCUUAAGCAACAGUCACACAAUGGAGUAAAAGAUGGAUGAGAUGAUUGGUAGGCACUUAGACUGACUCGAUGGAUGCGUCCCAAAUGGCACCCUGUUCCCUACAUAGUGCACUACUUCUGACCAGAGCCUAACAAAGUAGUGCACUAUGUAGGGAAUAACCGUAGAAAGGUUUCAGUAGACAGAGUAUGUGUACUACGCUGUAUGCCUACAGAUGUAGGAUCUGAAUUUGAUCACAUUUGUUGCUGAGAAUUUGUAGUACAUUUGAGUUUUAAAAAGGCUUCUAAAGUUUAUAACCCUAAACCUAACUCCUAACCACUAACCCCUUACCCUAACCUUAAUUCUAACUCUUACCCUAACCCCUAACUUAAAAUGUCCUUUGUCCUUAUGAGGACAUGAGAAAUGUCCCCACAAGGGAGAACUUUCCUUGUUUUACUAUCCUUGUGGGGACUUGUGGGGAUUUUAGGUCCCCACAAGGAUAGAAAAACCAACCAACCCACACACACUAACACAGCCCCCCCCCAAAUAGCUCUUACUCUAUCGCUGUCUGACACUCGCAGCACCUCUAUCCCCCUCCCCCCUCCCUUUCUCCAUCUCACUCAUUCUCUCUCUCUUCCUCACUCUGCCCCGGGGUGCUUACGACCGCUGAUUCAGUUAGUGACAGUGACCACCCAGACACACGCACAUACACUCUAGUUCUCUCUCACACACACGCUGAGGAGGAGACACGGACUCAGAGUGAGAGGGAAGCUGGUGUUGCGUGGUUAUCCUUGUGUUAGUUGUCUGAUCUGAAAUCCUGAUCCAGGAUCCAGGUGUAGUGGAGGGCAGGGAGACAGAGACAUGCCCGGCAAGAGUGCUGCUCGGUGGGGGAGAGUUUAGACGUGACGGGGUCUCACAGAGCAUGGAACCCUGAGCUCCACAGAGAAACUUCUGCACUUCACUAUUACUCUCUGUCCCACUCCGGACACCAAUGGACAGGAGGGCGCUGUUGGAGCAGAAGCAGCGGCGGAAGCGGCAGGAGCCUCUGAUGGUGCAGCCCAACCCAGAGGCCCGGCCCAGGCACUCCAGGCCUCGGCGCAGUGAGGAGCAGGCCCCGUUGGUGGAGUCACGCCUCAGCAUCACCAGUGAUGUAAUCAUGGACGGUAUCGACGGCCCUGCUGCCUUCAUGGGCUCUGAGGCCCCAGACCUGGGUACCAAGAUCCAGAUUCUGUCGGUGAGCAAGUCCCAGCCCCUGUCCCUGUCCCAGCCGCUGCACCAGUCUCCCCUCGCUGAGGAGCCUGACCGGGACGGGGACACGGAGACUCUGCUGGAGCCCAAGACGGACAUCCACGAGCUGCUGCAGAAACGAGGUCUGUCAGGCAGUAUGAACUACGAAGAGGCCAGUGAGGAUGAGGAACACGGUGAUAAAGACCGGCCACGCUCGCUGUCCCCCAACCCAGAGUCAACACGUCCUGCGUCUGCUUCCAGCGCAAAGUCCAACACAGAGUGCAUGACACCGGGGUCGCCCACGGCAGAGAGCGCCCUGAUCGAAGUGGACAACCUGGAGGAGUUUGUGGUGCGCCCCGCCCUCCGCGGCGUCACCGUCAAGUGCCGCAUAUCCCGGGACAAGAAGGGAAUGGACCGCGGCCUAUACCCCACCUACUUUAUGCACAUGGAGAGAGAGGACGGCAGGAAGCUGUUUCUUCUGGCUGGGAGGAAGAGGAAAAAGAGCAAGACGUCCAACUACCUGAUCUCAGUGGACGCCACGGACCUGUCACGCGAGGGAGAGAGCUUCAUGGGGAAACUGAGGUCUAACCUGAUGGGGACCAAGUUCACGGUGUAUGACCAAGGCACCAACCCCUGUAAGAACCCUGGAGCUCUGCUGGAGGAGAGCAACACACGACAGGAACUCGCAGCCAUCUGCUAUGAGACUAACGUUCUGGGGUUCAAAGGUCCCCGCAAGAUGACCGUCAUCAUCCCAGGCAUGAACAUGAACUUUGAGAGGGUCCCCGUCCGACCAAACAGUGAGCAGGACAGCCUUCUAAGUAAGUGGCAGAACCAUUCACUGGAGAACCUGAUCGAGCUGCACAACAAGGCCCCCGUGUGGAACGACGACACCCAGUCCUACGUGCUCAAUUUCCACGGCCGCGUCACACAGGCCUCUGUCAAGAACUUUCAGAUCGUCCACGACAACGAUCCGGACUACAUCGUAAUGCAGUUUGGCAGAGUGGCCGAGGACGUAUUCACCUUAGACUACAACUACCCCAUGUGUGCCCUGCAAGCCUUCGCCAUUGGCCUGUCCAGUUUCGACAGCAAACUGGCCUGCGAGUGACCAACCCCAUCACGACUCCUAACUCGCCAUUCCCUCCAUGGCCUUUUCAAACCACUCCCUCCCCCUCCAGGACAACGCCAACUCCACAACAUCGUCCCUCCACCUCCCCCUCACAGGAUUCAGCGCCUUCCUUGUACAGCUCACCAGCAGUCUGCCACUAUGAAAAUAAUCAUGAACUAUGACCUCUCACCCCUACGUGGUACAUCCAAUCAUGGCACACGAAUCACGCUGACUUGGAGAGCGGAUGAAGAGAGUGGGUGUGUGAAAGAGAGGACAAAAGAAAGUAGAUUUGGGUGGAGGAUAUAAGAUUUUCCUUAUCGGCAGAAAAAUGAAAUUACCGUCCGCAAAGGGAAACUGGUCACAAAUCAUCAAGGCGCCUUUGUUUUCAUUUGUAUUUAUCUGUAGUUCUGUUUCAUUGAGUUUGUAUUGCUUUUUGUUGCUUUAGCUGUUGUAUAUUGGUGAUUUUAUGUAUAUUGAAAUUGAUUGAAAGGGAAAAAGGACACCAAGCAUCAUAGAACAAACUGUCGUGGGCACUUCCUGUUAGGGACAGGACUAACACAGACUAGACCAGGUCACAGGAUAUGGUGUCUUUGAUUUUAUAUCAGAUUUGAAUGUUUUAUAGGCCUCAAAACAUGCCUGAUGAACUUAUGAGUUUGUUUGUUUUUAUGUUUUUAAAGUUGCCUUUAAUGUUGAUUCCAAGUGUCAUUUUACAUUCUGUUGCCUUCUACAAUCACUUGUGCGAUUCUUUUGACCAACUCUGGAAACUUUAUGGCCUAUAUCCUAAAAUUCACCUCACUGUCUUCAAAUGGUCACGUGGCUUUGGUUUCCAGCCAUUUUGCAGCUUCAAGAUGUUCAAUAAUUCUAACGUUAAAACUAUUUCAACACUUUUUUAUUUUCUUCCUCUUGAAGAUGAAUUUCUCGUAAUCACAUUUAUUUGCCUGCAUAUCAGAAAGUCUUGAAGUCAUGCAUGUCCAUCCAAUGUGUCCUCAUCUGUUUUCUUGUUUUAAAAACACACUUUUACUAACGUAUCUCAGUAGCAUUCGGAGGAGUUUGGAACGGAACAUUUCUUACUGCAAUUCCUUUGUACAUGUCAUUUUGUGAUGUCUUAGCCCCAAGUUAAAACCUCACGGGAAAGUCAAUAGAGUUGCCCAGCAAGCGCGAUUAAAGGAUUUUAUUAUAGUUUUAUAUAAGAUAUGUCUUAAUGUUUGGACAUACGGCUCAUUGUCAAAUAUCACGAAAUGUCAGUCCUAAAUGUCAUGUCAAUGUGUGGAAUACAAAAGUUAGCCUGGAAUCCAAACAAUAGAGGAAUAUUCCGUUUGGAUUCCAAGUGACAACGGUCACCCUGUACUCAGUCUACAUUAUAUGCCAAACUUAUCUACCCAUUUAAAAUUACACCAGAUUGGAUAAUAACACUACAUUAUAUAUUUAUUUUACCAGGUAAGUUGACUGAGAACACGUUCUCAUUUGCAGCAACGACCUGGGGAAUAGUUACAGGGGAGAGGAGGGGGAUGAAUGAGCCAAUUGUAAACUGGGGAUUAUUAGGUGACCACGAUGGUUUGAGGGCCAGAUUGGGAAUUUAGCCAGGACACCGGGGUUAACACCCCUACUCUUACGAUAAGUGCCAUGGGAUCUUUAAUGACCUCAGAGAGUCAGGACACCCGUUUAACGUCCCAUCCGAAAGACGGCACCCUACACAGGGCAGUGUCCCCAAUCACUGCCCUGGGGUAUUGGGAUAUUUUUUAGACCAGAGGAAAGAGUGCCUCCUACUGGCCCUCCAACACCACUUCCAGCAGCAUCUGGUCUCCCAUCCAGGGACUGACCAGGACCAACCCUGCUUAGCUUCAGAAGCAAGCCAGCAGUGGUAUGCAGGGUGGUAUGCUGCUGGUAAUGUAUAUGUACUGUAACUGGAAGUGCUACUCUGUUCAGCAGACUACACUUGUACUGUACCAUGAAGUCAUUGAGAACCCACUGGGCCAGAACUGGUUGGAUCCACGUUGUUUCCACGUCAUUUCAACCCCAACAUUUGAGGUGAUGACUUUGAAUCAACGUGGAACACUGAUUGGAUUUACAAAAAGGAAUUUCGUCUUUUUUUUAACCCAACUUUUAAAUCCAAUGACUGGGUCAAAUGUUUGGUUGAUUUCACGUUGAAUUCGCAACUCAACCAAAUGUAAAUCAAAACUAGAUGUUGAACUGACGUCUGUGCCCCGUGGGAAAUUACUUUUGGGGCGACAUUUAAGGUGCAAAAUAGUUCAAAUCGGUGCAAAAAUAUAUAAAAAGGUGACCAUAAAAAGUUAUUUAAGUAGAUUUUUUAGUACACUGAAAAAUGCAUAAAUAGUGGCCUUUUUCACAAUGCUCGUUGCUGAAGAAAAGUUAAAAAUUACAUCACAAUGCCAAAUUAUUACUUUUACAGUAUUUUUUGCAUAGGUUUGAACUAUUUUGCACCAUGAAAAAGUCACCCUUGAUUAAAGUUUCAGCUGGAUGGAUAUGCUAUAGAGAUGAUUCUGUCCAGUAGUGUGAUUCUUGUUCUUGGAGAAUUAGGAACAUUCCUGGGUAACCUGCAGGAUGCAUUUGAUUCCUGUCCAAACAAGACAAACACUGAUUAUGUGUGACAGUGUCGGGAAACAAAGUUAAUUCACAAGAUGUACUGUUAGAAAGAGGGAAAGGGUUUGUUUGUACAAAAUAUAUAAAAGAGAAAUAUACAGUUUUACUACAAGAUACUUAAGGGGAAUUGCAUUCCAUUCAUAACUUAACUUUCUGACACUUUUUGGGGAAUUGAAUUUCAGAAAUAUGACUGUAAAUAGAAUAAAUUAAGAUAUUGUAAAGUGAACAAGACCCCUUGUAAGUUUAAGUAUUCAGUAAAAAACAUUUAUUUGCACCCUUUCUAAUUCUCUACUUUUGCAUAUUUUUUUAUACUAAAUGUUAUCAGAUCUUCAACCAAAACCUAAUAUUAGAUAAAUGGAACCUGAGUGAACAAAUAACACAAUUACAUACUUAUAUAAUUUAUUUAAUAAACAAAGUUAUGCAACACCCAAUGCCCCUGUGGGAAAAAGUAAGUGCCCCCUUAAGCUCAAUUACUGGUUGUGCCAGUUAGCUGCAAUGACUCCAACCAAACGCUUCCUGUAGUUGUUGAUCAGCCUCUCACAUCACUGUGGAGGAAUUUUGGCCCACUCUUCCAUGCAGAGCUGCUGUAACUCUGACAAUUGAGAUUAGGUCAGGACUUUGACUAGGCCAUUCCAAAACUUCUAAUUUGUUGCCUUUUAGCAAUUUAUUUUUGCUUUUGAUCUAAUAUUGGGUUUUGGUUGAAGAUCUGAUAACAUUCAGUAUCAAAAAUAGAUAGGCAGCAAAAACUUUUUCACAUCACUACUGUAUAAACUUUCAUUCAUAGGCUAGGUUGUAGCAACCUCAUGAUGGGUAUAGGGAAAAUGUUAGUAUCAUGUAGUAGCCUAAACCUAUCGGUGUUACAUUAAACUGGGUGAAUGGAAUAUGAAUGACAGUCAUCCAAUAUUCUGUAAUAGAAAUAAGACUAUGCGAUGUUAAAAAUAAAUCCUCCCUAACCAUAAA